AUGCAGUAGCUAUAGUAGGAAGGAGUGAAAGUGAAAAUGUUCAAGACCAAGUUGCAGCAGCUAUGCCACCAGAGACGGUGGAGUUUGCCGAAAUACACUGCCACGAAUGACGGUCCGCAACACAAGCCAAGCUUUAAUGCCUCUGUUCAUGUCAAUGGUGUCACCUUUGCUUCUUCUGAUGCUUUCAAUUCCGCCAAAGAAGCUCAAAACCAAGCUGCUAUGAAAGCUUUCCGCAACUUUACUUCUCCUCUAUCGGGCUUUUCAAUACCAACAGAUGAAUAUGGUUCAAAAGAGAAAGUUGAAGCUACCAAACCUCAAGAGAGUCCACUUCCUGCACAAUCUCCGGUUAUUAGAACUGAUACGAAUCGUUUGAGCAAAAAACAUCUGCAAAAUUAUGCUCGAAAGAACAAUCUUGAUCCACCUGUUUUUACAAUCAAAACUGAGAGGCUUCACUAUAAAGCUACUGUUGUUAUUGAUGAGAAAUCAUUUGAAAGCCCUACAUUUUUCAACUCUAUAAAAGAGGCAGAACAGGCUGCUGCAAAAAUUGCUUUGAGGGAAUUGCCGAUUUCAGUUGACUUGUUUCAGAAGGAUGAAUCUUGUCCUUCCAAGAGUUUACUACUAGAAUUAACACAGAGAGAAGGUUAUUCCAAACCAACAUAUACAACUAUAGAGUCUGGUUCUCUUCAUAUGCGAACUUAUUUCUCAACUGUGGAAGUAGAGGGAUUGAAAUUUCAUGGAAAGGCAUCUAGAUCCAAAAAACAAGCAGAUAUUGAUGCUGCAAAGAUUGCUUACAUUGCCUUAAAAGAGUGUGGACUUGAUAUGUAUGCGGAUUUUUCUUCCUAUAACAAAGAAAAUCAAGCAGUACAAUCAACUCUUGAACCAGAGGUUGUUAAACACAAGCAGAUCCUCAACUCCGAAGAUAAACGUUUGGAUCAGGAGAAAUUACCUACUGAUGAUGUCAAAGUUAACGAUGACAUGCACACUGAAUCUUUACCAAUUCCCCCUAACAAAAAAAUGAAGAUGAGCAACAUGAGAACUUCAUCUUUACCCAAAUCAUCUCCACUUUCACAUACUGAACUUGCUUCUUCUACAAUUUCUGACUCCAACAUGACAAUGACUUGCAACACAAGUAAUUAUCUACUUUGCGACAGGUUCAAUGUGUACACAAAUUUUCCAGAUAUUUUAUUCCCUGAGGACAUUACAGUUCUGCCUUUCGACGAGGAUAAGUGGGUUGCAGCGUGCUUGGAAUUUCCAAAUGACGAAGACUUCCGAUUCUUGUGAAAAAGUUUCAUAUAUUACUUUGCUUUCAAGUUUCAAGUUUUAGAAAACAUGAUAUCAUAUGUAUGUUGCUACUUGAAUUCAAGUAAAACUUUAGAUGGCUUAUUUAGAUGUUCGUGUUCGUAUUUAAUUUGGGGAAAGACAAGUAAUAACAAGAUAGAAUUGAUUUUGAUAUUUUGGAUAUUUUGAUUUUUCAACAAUGUGUUACCAUUGCUGCUAUCAAGAACAAUAGCUAAU